AACCGUAGAAGAUUUUCUGUCACAACAAAAGCAAAGUCCGAACAUCGAAUGAUACUAGUUUCUCUUUUGAUCAGGCAUGGCAUGAUAGUUAGUUUAGGUGUCAAAUCUCUCCACGCGAGCAAUCAGUCCCGCAAGCUGUAAACUAUUAAAAGCAGAAAAGUAAAAUGGCUCCACAGCUGGGAGGGCGCGUCCAUCACGCCAAAGACAGACGGUCUGCUUUAAGGAGGCGACGGUCGCGAUGGCUGGUCAAACACAUGAAUGAAACAGCCACGAAUAUGGUGCCCAGUCACCAAAGGAUGAAUCGGUUGAGUCGCAUCAGUAAAGAAGACAGGUCUGACAGCUUGAUUCUUAUUGACAAUGAGAACGACGCUACAGAAGUCAAAUUUGAAGACCCUUGGGUACCCCUGAAUGGAAAAUCGAACAAACAGUACCCUGAAUAUGAUCUUCUUCCCUCCACUUCAGACGACACCUCAGAAUCGACCAACAAACAUUUCCUAGAGGUUCCUCUGACGCCAGAACUGAGUGCCGACGAGGAAGACGACUUAGACGAACAUUCCUCAUAUCAGGUUCACUCCUAUAAACGAAGAUAUUGGAUGCUGUUGAUCUUCUCGAUGGUCAGUUUUGCUCAGUACUGCUGCUGGAAUACCUACGGUCCAAUAGCCACCACAGCCAAGGCGGUAUUUAAUUGGUCCAAUACUGAGRUAGCUAUACUUGCAAGUAUGGACCCUAUAACCUAUCUUUUUACGAUGUUAUUCUUUUCCUGGUUGAUGGACGUGAAGGGCCUGAGGAAUAGCAUGUUGGUGUCGACCGCUUUCAUGUUUGUUGGGACUGGGCUGAGAUGUGUUACAACCGACCCGAAAUACGCCAUUUGGUCUAUGGGUGGUGGUCAACUUCUUAACGGUCUGGCUGGUCCAGUCACUCAAGCAGGUCCGCUAUUACUCUCAGCUUAUUGGUUUCCAUCUCACCAAAGAACAACUGCUACUGCAGUAGCUGCGCUUUGUGGUUCGUUAGGCGUCGCCAUGUCAUUUCUUAUUGGACCUGGUUUUAUUAAAGACGUUAAAACUGAACUUGACGCCCUGUUGCCAAAACCUCUCAACCAAACAGCUAAUAUCAGGUGAGUUUCGUACGCCGUGUAUGCGCAUGUGUAAAAGAAUUUUGUUAAAACGCAUCCCACAUGGACCAAUGCGACAAUAAGAAAGCAGUCACCAGAGAAACAAAUCAAGAAUCGCUGGUCAUAGCAAGGGGUUAAUCAUCUUUUGCAAGUAAGCUCACGA